UCGCCACACUAGGUCGUUGGUUGAUUUAACAAAGUCAGAUGAUAUUAAAAGAUCGUCUUCUGGUUGAAACUGAACUUAUUAUGACAAGCUUGAUCAGACUGACAGAGACCUCAGUAGCAGCCCUAGUGCUCUUGGUCCAUCGUUUGAUUCUCAUUUAGAAAUACUAGCUACCAAAAUAUUAAGAACAGAAAUCAUAAGACAAGAUGGAAGAACACUUCGGAAGAUACAGUAAAGAGAAUCAGUUCCUUACUCCACCUGCUCGUUUUGAAGGGGCAAGGAAAUAUGCCCCUUCUUAUCUCAGUAGCAGCGCUUCGGACAACAAUUUUGGAAUAAUUAUCAGUACAAGUCAGUCUAGAGAAUCCCUUUCCCCGCCACCAAGAAUAUACGGACCUUCUUCCGGUCGAAGCCCUGAAAGGAUACCCUCUAACACAGGAAUAGAGUUUUACACUGGAUACGCAAUUCGUGGACACGCCAGGAGGUCAAGUUAUGAAACUGUUGUCUAUAACCCGACCUCGUACAACACAUUACACGGAGAACACAAUGGCUCUUCGUUAUCGAAUAAAUCCACACAUGCGAGACUCAACGCUAACGUGCCUCUGGCUAAAUAUGGAUCUGUGCCUCUUUUGGAUAAUCUUCACAAUUUAACCGAAACAUCAUCUAGAAGGCUACGGAGACACUCCUUGUCUACCAACCAACAAGAGAGUGAUGAUCCGUUUUUAAACAAGGAGCCGACAGGGUCAGACAUUCAGCUAAAAGAUGUGGAUUUAGUUCAUCCCAAAAGCAAGUUCGGCCAUCAGAAAGAACAUAUUUCUCAUCAAACGGAGAGUUUAUCGCGCCAAUAUCGUGAUGGGAACUUACACAACAAAUUGAAUGCAACCUCAACAAAUGAUUCUGGACAUAUGACCCAUAGAAACGAAGACGUGUCCACUCAAGCAACAGUUACCCCUUCUGCGAACAUGUCUAAAACUGACGUGAGAGACAAACUAAACAACAUUUUUUCAAGACAAUUAGGACUUCAUUCUUCCAACAAGAUUCCGGCGUCGCAUGAAUCCCCAAGCACUCGUACAACAGAUGCUAACCACAGUUUGCCACAAAAUCCACAUGGUCAAAAGGUUGAAAAUGAUUUUACCACUGUCAGGAGACGCAAGCCUCCUGUUCCGUUGCCUCAUCAAGCUGUCACAGGGGACACUGGUCAAGAACAAAGGCCUACCGUACCGCUACCUCCUCCUGAAUACAAUAGUCAAGAACAUAAGCACUCUGUGCCUUCGAGCCUAGGGUACAACGUUGAAGGACAUCAGCCCCCAAUGCCUGUACUCUCUGGAUACAAUGGAGAGGAUCAUCAGACCUCCUUGUCAUCACCACCUGAAUACAACAUACAAGGACACCAUCCGGUUGUACAGUUACCUCCUGGAUACAACGGUCAAGGACAUCGGCCACCAGUACCAAUAUCUCACCAGCAUUUGACUGGACACAAUGGACAAGAGCAUCAACCCACUGUACGUGUACCACAAAAUGAUUUCUCAGGAUUCAAUGGCCAAGUUUACAAUGUCCAAGCACCGAUUCCCAAUCAAGGUCUCAACGUCUAUAACACCAAUUUAGCCAACUCAAACAAUGCUCUAACAGGAGGUAACGUCCAUCCAAUGACAACUCCAACGUCACAGUUUCCAGCUGGUCCUAACUUCGAGACACACACGUUCCAAGCGCCAGUUCCUGGAUACGGAUUUUUUUACGCUCCAGCAUUUCAUGGCCAAAUGCCAACUACGCAACUGGUGACUUCAGCUGUGCCAUUUUCCAACCCAGUCCUUCAAAACAUACCUGUUAUAAGCUUUCAACCUCCUCAGCAAGUAAAUAACAAUGUCCAGGAUCUCAACGAUGUCUCCAAAAGUGUGCCCGAAGUCAAGAACAAUAUCGAGGACAAAAAAAACAACAUGGACGAUGAGACAUUGGAUGACCCUGACCCUGACUAUCAGGACUCCGAGUCCGGUAUAUCAUAUGACCUGUCCAUCAACAUGAGUAAAAAAAAUCAAGACGACGCCAUCUCAAUGGCUAAAACCAAUGAUGACAACAUGUAUAUUGAGGAAGAGGACAUGACAUGGAGACCCUACGAUGUGUUCACUGUGUCUGAACGAGAUACUGACGACGAUAACAAGGUGUUUAAGGAGAUCUUGAAAGCCAUUCGAGGAUCUUUGUAUCUCAUCAUUGUAACCAUCAUGCUGGUGGGUACAGUGUCCAGCCGAGUGUCCCUCUACCUGCUGGCGAGUGACAUUAAUCAGGUCCAGACUCGGGGUAAAGCAGUGGUUCUCAUUAUGUUUUGUAUGUGUGGCCCAAUGGUCUACAACUGGUUGAAUGCCUUCAUGAAGAUCAUGUUUGGAGGAAAACAAUGGCCGUCUAUCAAAACAUUCGCUGUUAUGUUGUUUUUUGAACUCGUGACUACAUUCGGCAUGUGUCUCCUGGUCUUUAAAAUCCUGCCUUCAGUCGAUUUUUUCAGAGGUAUCACCAUCACAAUGGCAAUGUUCCAGAUUCCAGCAAUUUGCCAGGUUAUGAUGCUGGAUAAAAAGCUGAACGUGAAUUUCAAGCCAAUUUUGAAGAUAGUGAUGUCAAUCAUCGCCAUGUUGUUGCAGAUUGGUGCUAUCAUUUACAUCAUGAUCAUGAACUUUGUCACGUCACGCAAGACUAUCACUGUCCUGAAAAACAAUUCUAAAGAAGACAAAAUUCUGGACCCGCUAUUUCACGAGUCAGUCUGGGAGCUGCCGGUGGCACUUAUUCUGAUCUCUUUCGGCUGGUGGGAGAACUAUGUGUCCAGCGAUUGGUCAUUGCUCGGACGUGUUCACAUUGGAUUUAAGCAUUGGCGUCACAUUUUACAAGAAACUCGAGAGACGAGUUAUUUUCUGAUUGGACCAUUUAAAAUUGCACUUGUGGUCAUCCUGGGCAAAUAUUUAGCUGGUGCCGACUUUGCUUUGCCCACUUGGACUAAGGACACGAAGAUGUCUCCUAGUGAGUUCCACGAAAUGUCUUACAGCUUAUUGUACAUAACACUGGGGGCGGCCAUAUUGUGCACCUAUCUAUCUGGGUUAGCAUGUAAGCUCCACAUGCAGAAAACAGCAUUUGCUCUUCCACUAGUUUUAUCUCCUCCCGCCUCUCUGGUGCUGGUGUAUCUACAAUGCAGAUAUGAGUUUUUACCACGUCAUUGGCAUUCAGGCGCCUGGUUUUGCCCAGACACCAGCAUAGAAAAUCUGAUCGAGCCCAUAGCUGUGGCAGGAACUCUGUGGCUUUCCUACUGUAUCAUUGUCUCUCACAUCUGGUUCCCAAAAAGUGAAAGGAUGGCUAAAAUAGAAAAGUUGUUCUUGACACCGCAUUUUAAUGCCAUCUUCCCGGACUUCAACCUUACCCUCAGACGGCGCAGAAAUGAUCAGGAAUUGAGAGCCACUCGCUUCGAGCAUUUCACUUAUGUGGGUGACGACGCUGGCGAUCAUCUAACUCCCGAAGGCGUAGCCAUGGAGGACACCUCGGUGACGCCCACUAUCUUUGUCUGUGCCACUUUGUGGCACGAGACCACGCGAGAGAUGACGCAACUGCUGAAGUCUCUCUUUAGACUCGACUACAGCCAUUGUGCGAGCCAGUUAGCUCAAGCAAAGUUCAACAUAAGAGACCCUGAUUAUUUUCACAUGGAAAUUCACAUUAUAUUUGAUGACGCCUUUGACAUUGAUUUAGAGAACAAUAAGUUUGUCCCGAAUACAUUUGUUACUCAAUUUAUUAGCUGCAUGGAGGACGCUGCCAGGUCUGUCGUUAAAGGUUUUAUCAUUAUACCCUCCCCCGUGAAAGUGGUGACUCCCUAUGGCGGACGGCUGAUUUGGACAAUGCCUGGGCAGACACAGAUGAUCAUUCACCUCAAAGACAAAAAUAAAAUUCGGCACAGAAAGAGAUGGUCUCAGGUAAUGUACUUGUACUACCUCCUGGGGUUCAGACUCCUUGGUUCUAGCGCCAACAUUGACGUUGAGAAGGAAGAGAAGGAAGAGAAAGCUCCCAAAACUCACCAGCCGAGUGUCAGAAACAGAAAAAAGAAAGUGAAUAAGAUCAAGAAAAGUAACAUGCCACUCAAGCAGCUGUUGAUGAAGGUGCCGCCUGAACACUAUGAACAGCUGGUUGAGACUUCAGAGAACACUUUCAUUCUGACCUUGGACGGUGACGUAGACUUCCGGCCAGACUCUGUGAAGUUACUGAUUGACAGGAUGAAGAAAAAUAAAAAAGUCGGAGCUGUGUGUGGUCGAAUUCACCCCAUUGGUUCAGGUCCUAUGGUAUGGUAUCAACAAUUCGAAUACGCUAUUGGUCAUUGGCUUCAGAAAGCUGCUGAGCAUGUGUUUGGUUGUGUCCUGUGUUGUCCAGGAUGUUUUAGUUUGUUUCGAGGCUCUGCUGUCAUGGAUGACAAUGUCCUGAAGAUGUACACGACUAAACCCACCGAAGCGAGACAUUUUAUACAGUUUGAACAAGGCGAAGACAGAUGGCUGUGUACACUAUUACUUCAACAAGGUCAUCGUAUCGACUACAGUGCUGGAGCAGACGCCUUGACCUAUGCCCCGGAAACUUUCAACGAAUUUUUCAACCAAAGACGUCGGUGGUCGCCUUCAACUCUUGCCAACAUGAUGGACCUUUUGGCUUCCUGGAGAGAAACAGUCCGUCUGAACGACAACAUCAGCAGAAUCUAUGUCCUCUAUCAGUUUGUCCUUAUGGCAUCGUCGAUCCUGGCGCCAUCUACUGUCGUGUUGAUGAUCACAAGCUCCUACCAUGCUGUCAUAGGGCUAAGCAACAUGUGGGCCUAUAUCCUCUCUAUUCUUCCUGUUGCCAUCUACACAGCUGUAUGUCUGACUACCAAAACAAACACACAGAUUAAGGUCGGUGCUGUCUUGACUGCCAUUUACACUGUAGUCAUGAUGAUAGCUACUGUAGGUACCAUCAUUUCCAUAGCGACAGAGAACUUCAGCAGCCCUAACGUCGUCUUCAUCACGGGCCUAGGUGUCAUCUUCAUCAGCGCUGCAGUGCUGCACCCCCAGGAAAUCUACUGCCUAGUGUACGGCGCUCUUUACUUCCUUGUGGUGCCGUCCACCUUCAUCCUGCUGACCAUCUUUUAUUUGUGUAAUCUCAACAACGUGUCCUGGGGCACCAGAGAAGUCCCAAAGAAAAUGACCCCCGAAGAGGAGGAGGCAUUAAAAAAAGCGGAAGAAGAGAGAAAGAAAAAGAAAAAGUCGUGGAAUAUCUUCACCAUGAUCGGACUCAUGAAUAUCGUGAACGAACUGCGCGAGGUGAUUCGAAACAUUUGGGGCCUUCGAAAUGAUCUGCAACAAGGUCAAGGCCAGGUUGACCAGACACAACCACCAAAACCUGCUGAACCUCAGAAAGUGAUCAAUGUGGAACAGCCGAAGCCCAAAAAGUCGAAAAAAGAGGUCACUGGCUACGAGCCAGACCCAGACAACCCCUUCUGGAUUCAUUUGGAAGAAAUUGGCAACGGUCCAGUCGAAAUGUUGGACAAUUCGGAAGAAGACUUUUGGAAAUUUCUGAUCAAGAAAUAUUUGUAUCCUAUUGAAGAAAACAAAGAGCAGAAGGAGAAAAUAGCUGCAGAUCUUCUGGAAGUUCGAAACAACAUUGUCUUCAUUUACAUCAUGCUCAAUUUUCUCUGGACUGUCAUUGCUCUUCAGCUGCAGAACUCGGAGGAUGCUCUGAAAGAUUAUUACAUAGUGAAGAAAUACGAGCCCAUGUCUCUCCUGUUUUUGGUGAUAUUCGCUUCUGUUAUGGUGGUGCAGUUUGUUGGAAUGGUCAUGCAUCGUUGGGGCACAUUUCUUCAUCUUAUGUCCAGCACACGUAUUGAUUGGUUCAGUGGAGCACAUUCGGAGGACGAUUUUGCCAGAUUUGUUGUACAAGAAAUUCAAAAACAUCAAAAUCUGGAGCCCACGCCAGACUAUGGAGAGGAUGAAGAUGAAGAUGAACUGAGCAGCCUGCCUACGGAUGUUGAAUCAGCCCCGGACUACGAUAUUGACGAUGAUGUGGUGUCCACACGAGAGAGUGUCCGAAGCUCCUAUAACAACCAGAUGGUUUGGCCAAGAGACUGGAAUCAUAGACCUUCCCAUCCUGGACAUUUUCCUCGGCUGGAGAACAUUCUGGAUCACAAAUUGGGUCGCCUGCAGCAACAGUUAAGUCACGCGGGGAGAUCUGUCAAGGGGAACAACAAUUUACAGUUCAACAGACCAAACCAUCGCGGAUUUAACGGUUGGAGCCAUCGAGAUGCCACAAUGAGGCAGAAAUUUUUCCAGCAGAACUUUCAACUUCCACAGGCUGGAAACCAAGACAGGCUGAAUCAAGUCCGGGUUAUUUGAAUGCUUACCAGUGAUUGCAAGUUAAGUUUCUCAUUAACGUAAAUCAAUUAUUAUUUAUUGAACUCCUAAAAUGAACCAAUGUUUUGGACGCAUAAUGUAGAGGUUAUGUAGGAAAUGAUGUACAAUGUAUUUGAUGAGUCACGGAGAAGAAUAACUUGGUUUCCAAACAUCUUUAACUUAACACUACUUUAGAAAUGUAUUGUUCAAAUCAUUAUAACCCUUUGAAUGAACCUUUAGUUCAGUGUGUUCAGUAUGUUGUAUUUUGUAAUAGGUUAUUUUUUGUUGUUGAUGUUCUUUGAUUAUUUUUGUGCAUUUUUAGCACUGUAGAAUCAAAUGUUCAAAGCUCUAUUGUUUGCAUUUGUAUUUAUUUGGUGACAUUCAAGUUCAAGUUAUCGUCCUUGGCAUUGUUUCAUUGAUCCUGAAAUGUCUUCAAUGAUACACUUGUUGUGGGAUAGUAGCUGGAGUAACUUCUAUUUCUAUUUCAUUAACUAGUUUACAUAAGCCAACAAACAGUACAGGUUAACAAUAUUAACUUGAUAAAGACUUUUUACUGCUGUAAAUGAGACCUUUAUUCAUAACUGGAAGUCUGUCUGGUCCUCUUAACCGUCGCUAUUUUCAUCAAACAAUCUUCUUCUACGCUAUUGCCAUAUUGUUCUUCUUGUUCCGCCUAUUCUACUACGUCAUUCGUCUGUCUUACUACGUCACUACUUUUACAGUCGCUAAAAAUAAUACACAAUAUAUUUGUCUAUCGAAACUAACAUACUCUCUAAACUAGUACAUAACAGAAUGAUAUAAAUCUAAAGCGUUAAUUGGUUGCUUUAAACCAGUGAUUCCCAAAGUGGUCUAUAUAGACCCCCAGGGGUCUACGAAGACUUCCAAGGGGUCUACGAAAGUGAAAAAAUAAAUUGGGGGUCUAUGAGAUAACCAUGGGGGUCUAAGAUAAUAGAUUUCAUUUAAGGAAGUCGUGACUUUAUUUUUCACAUUUAUUCAUGUAAUUAUUCCAUACACUAAUAUAUGAUUUAUAUCUUAGUCAAUCCUAUAAAUAUUUAUCCUGCUAUUCGAACGAAAAAUUGAUCUAUUCAAUUUCAAUACUUAUUUAAAUUUAAAUAGCUUAAUCUUGUCUAAAUGUAAUUAAUGUUUUAAAAAAAGUAAUGUUGACUGUGCAGCGUUGAUUAUUUAAAAUUUGGAUUCCUUCCUUCCUUGUCAAACAAGCGGUUUCCUAAAUACCUAUUUAAGACGAUAUGAAACCAAUUACGCUGGAGGAUUAUUUGAGACAAUGCCACCAUGACAAAAUAGAUAAAGAUUUCAAAAACAGUCGAACACUCAAAGAUAAAGUUCAGAAUAGAACCAAAAAACCUCUCCUCCACAAAGAUGAUGGUUUCUGAGAGUCUUAAAAUAUUUCUUUACUUAUAUCAAAAUACGUAAAAUAGCAAAGGCCAAACAAUGAUUUUACCAGCCGUUUUACACAAACCUACAUCUGUUAUUAUUAAAAGAAUUUCUUUAAUACAGUUCAAGGGCACAUCGGUGUCAUGAGUUAUAAAGUAAACGCUUCUUAUAUAAUUCUUUGCAAAUGACAUAUAUACAGUUUGGGAUCAAUGGCAUCACAGGUGUGUGCUACAAACGGCCUAAUGGUCGCCGUCUCCUCAUUUUUCCUCAGGGUUGACCCUCGAAACCUUUCCCAUUUUGGCAGCAGAGUUUUGAAUUCAGUUUUUUAAAUUGAGUUUUCCUUCUGCCAGGUGGGUAGCAAACCAAGGCCCGUCCUUCUCAAAGCUUACUGAUUUAGGCGCCAGUUACUCGGCCUUCGCCCCUUCUCCUGUAAAUGAAAAACGUUCUGCAGACUCAAUAUUUGAGCCACACGUGAAAGAUCAAGAAAUACAGGAGAAACUGCUCUUUGCAAAACCCUUUACAACUUAAGGCAAAUUAAUUAAUUAUUAUUUACUGUUUGAAAGAACAACAAAUUUCUAGAUCUAUAUGAAUUAUAGUAUCCGUAGCAAUGGAUGAUAAACCUUUAAUUGGUUUAAAUUUAAAUGUUAUCAAUAAAAAUGAUGGAUCUCUAUAACGUAAUGUGUAGUUUUAAAUUACUUUUUCACUCCUCAACUCACUACAGUUAGAAAUUUGUUUUAAAAAAAUGUUUUGAUGAAUUUGCAAAAAUUUGUGCAAUUUAAGCAGGGGGUCUACCGAAAAUCAGAAAGCAUGGCAAGGGGUCUACGAGACCAAAAAGUUUGGGAACCACUGCUUUAAACAUUUAGAUCUAUGCACAUGUCACAUAGACUUUCGAUAGCUUAAUAAAUUUGUUGAUGACAUUUUUGUGUACAUGAUUUCUCUUUUUUAAUGUUUAAAAAUGGCUGGUCUAAAAAUGUUUACACUUGUGUCAUAUAAUAUAAUUUAUAACUAGACUAGUAUCUUGAUAUUGUUUAAAUUCUGUAGAUCAUAACAAAUUUCUGUUAUCUAAAGAACCAAAUAUAGAAAGAAAAAAUGUCUUUUUAUAUGUCUGCAUGUAAAUCUAAUUUCAGUGAUUUUUUAAAAAUUCUGUUGCAAUUGAAAGAUAAAAAAAAAACAUACAAAAUAUUUGCUAAUUUUAUUUUUAUCAGGAAUUAAUAUAAAAUGUAAUCUAUGAAUGUCCUUAGAAAUAUUUGUUACAGUUGAAAGUGAUAUGUUACACAAAUUUGGAAACACUUUACAUACAAUAUCCACUAUUUUAUGUCCAUUAAUGAAAUACAGUUAGAUAUUGAUAUACUUGGUCAAAAAUCUAACAGAAAAAAAAAAGAUGGUUUUGAAAGGUUGUUUUGUUUUUACUUUCUAAUUACAUAUCGAGGAAUACAUUUAGUUGUGCACUGAACUAUAAAAUCCAAAAUGUUGUGUCUCUUUAAAUGUCUGAAAACCUUUCACCCAAGAGAGUUCAGAUGCAAACUAAGAAGUAUGAUUCAAAGUUUUUUUUUAAAAAGCAGAGAGAAAAAUACAUUUUUUUCUUUUAAUCAAAAUGAUUGCAAUUAUCAAAGUUCAUCUCGUAGAUAAUAUGCAGAGCUAGUAAUUGUAUGUUUUGAUUGUUAUUGUUCUAAUCUAAAUCUAUUUAUUUCUA